AUUAAUCUUUACCUGCUGUUCAUUCACUAUUCUAAGCAGAACUGCAGGAGGGUUUUCUUGAUUUCUUCCUCUCAAUCAUCUAUGGCCAGCUUAAGCUUCAUUGUUGGGAUCAUUGGAAACAUCAUCUCCAUACUUGUGUUUACUUCUCCCAUAGGGACUUUCAGUAGAGUAGUGAAGAAGAAAUCUACAGAGGAUUUCAAAGGGCUUCCCUACAUCUGUACACUACUGAGCACAUCUUUAUGGACUUUCUAUGGACUAAUGAAACCUGGUGGUUUGCUCAUUGCCACUGUCAAUGGUGCUGGCACUUUCUUACAGUUCAUCUAUGUUACCCUUUUUCUCAUCUAUGCUCCCAAGGAGACUAAGGUGAAAUCGAUGAAAUUGGUUGCAGUAUUGAAUAUAGGGUUUUUUGGGUUGGUGGUGGGAUUGAGUCUUCUGGUGAUCCAUCGAGGUCUUCGAUUGACUGUAGUAGGAACUAUAUGUGCAGGAUUAACUUUAGGCAUGUAUGCUUCACCACUUGCAGCCAUGAGAACGGUGAUAAAGACGAAGAGUGUAGAAUACAUGCCAUUCUCGCUAUCUUUUUUCUUGUUCCUCAAUGGAGGUGUUUGGUCUGUGUAUGCUGUGCUCGUCAAGGACUUCUUCGUUGGGAUACCCAACAUCAUUGGUUUCUUUCUAGGAUCGCUACAGCUUGUGAUCUAUGCAAUGUACAAGAAGAAGUCGGCAAGCCAGAAAUCCAUUGAGAAGGUGGAGGAAGAAGGUUCGGCUCACCUUGUACGUGGAGGCAUUGAGAUGGAUCUAUACGAAGACGAUGAAACCAAAAAGAGUAAACAUCGGAACCUCCAUAAGGGCAGAAGCCUUCCCAAGACAUCCGUUGCUCGGCAUCAGAGCUUCCAGAAAAUCUUAAAGACGCAAUCUCUGAGUCUGCAUUCUGAGAGUUGGCACGACGAAGAUGACGUUGAGAAGGGCAACAACGCUCAGAAUCAUGCUUGA